AUGUCAGAUGGUACACCUCAAAAGAGAAUUAGAGCUUCAGGAGAAGUUUUAAAUUUUUUAAUAAGUGAAUUCAACAAGAAUCAAAAUCCAAGUCCUGAUCGUAGAAAAUUUAUAAGUGAUAAAGCAUCAAUGAAUGAAAAAGCAGUUAGAAUUUGGUUUCAAAAUAGAAGAGCAAAACAAAGAAAACAUGAAAGACAAUCAAGUACUGUUUUAGGUGGUGAUUUAUAUAAUCAUCAAGAUCAUCAUAUAACAAAUAAUGGAAAUAAUAUAAGUUUUUAUUCAACAAAUUCGUCAAUAAGCUCAUCGAAUGAUUCAUUAUCUUCACCAUCAAGAUUAAACUCAAUUGAAGUUAAUGAUAAUUAUUGUUGUAUUGAUUCAAGUUCAUUAUCAGUUGGAUCAUGGCAAAGAAUUAAAAGUGGGAUUCAUGAUGAAAAUUUAUUAAAAAAUAAUUUAAUUAAUUUAUCACCUUUUACUUUAAAUGAUAUAAUGCAAAAUGUUGAUUUAUUAGUUAUAUUAUCCAAAAAGAAUCAUGAAUUAAAUUAUUUCUUUCUGGCUAUAUCAAAUGGUUCUAAAAUUUUAUUUAGGAUUUUUUAUUCAUUAAAUUCAAUUAUAAAUUGUUCAUUACAUAAUAAUAAUUCAACAAAUGAUGAAAAUAUUAGUGGCACCACUACAUAUGAAUUAAAAUUGAAUCUUAACAAACAACCUAAAUUUUCAGUAUAUUUUUUCAAUGGCAUCAAUUCAACUACAAAUCAAUGGUCUAUAUGUGAUGAUUUUAGUGAAGGUCAACAAGUAUCUCAAGCAUUCACUGAUCCAAUCAAUACUUUUGCAAAUCAAAAUAACCCAUCAUCAAACAUUCCACAUGUUAUUGUAGGUACAAAACAUUCAUUAAAUUAUUUAUGUCGUUAUAUUAAUGAGAAUAAUGUAUUUAAUCAUAAUAAUCAAUUCGGAAAUUUCCAAUCUUCAAAUAAUUUUAUAACGGCAAAUCCAUCAGAUGUAAUAGCACCUUUAAAACAUCAUUCAUUUGAUUAUGAUUUAAAUCAAUCAACAAAUUUACAAUUCACAGAUCCAUUAUAUAAUCCACCAAAUUCUUCAACUUCAACUGCAUCUUCAUCAAAUUUCAUUUCUUCUUUACCAAUAGAUAAUUUCACAAAUUUAACAAAUUCAAAUUUUUCAUCAAAUAAUUUAUCAAAUAAUUCAUCAUCUAUAACAACAAUGACUAAUAAUACCAACACAACAAAUAUAAAUGAAUCACCAUUUUCUGUUAAUUCAAAUCAAUUUUAUCAUUCAGAUACUCCACAACUGACUCAAUCUUUUCAAAAUUUAACUACAACUCAUACUACAGACAAUAAUAAUAAAUUAUCUGGAGAUAUAAAUAUAAACAAUAUCAAAUCGACAACUACUCCAGAUGAAAUUUUUAAUCAAACAAAAGAUUUAAAUUCAUAUACUCAUCAUCAACAACAACCACAACAACCAAAUAAUAUUGGAGAAUUUGAUUUUAGUGAGUUUAGUGGUAGUCAUAAUAAUGGAAUAGAUUCAUCAAAUUCUUUAUUAACUAAUCCAAAUCUUUUAAAUUCAAUAGGUGUUUUAACUUCUCCAGCUCAUCAUCAACCAACCAUUGAUUUUAUUGAUUUUGGUAAUUAA